GCUUGAAGAAGCACCAACACCUCCAAGAACCGAGCUGAAGCCCUUCUGCCCUUGAAGUCCAGUGCGAAUCACAUUAGUAGCGUGCCUGCCGUUUGUGUACGCCAAGUUCAACCAUCCAUCAUGUCGAAGAACCGCCAAUUGCUGCUGCAGGAGUACCCCAAGGACAACAUCACUGCCGAUAGCUUCAAGCUUGAGGAGUCGGACAUUCCCUCUAUCCAGGAUGGCGAGGUCCUGAUUAAGAACAUCGUGGCGAGCGUGGACCCGUACCAGCGCGGCAUUCUCAGCCCAGGCCCGAGCUAUGCCGAGCCUGUUCAGAUUGGCAGCCCCAUGCGCCUGGGCACGGUCGGCGUUGUCGUUGAGAGCAAGGCCGAAGGCUACGAAAAGGGCGACUUUGUCAAUGGCUUUGGUGGCGUGCAGGAUUACUAUGUGGGCAAGCCCGGUGAGAACCUGCAGAACAAGCUGCAGCCCCGUCCGGAGAACUUGGAGGACAUCUCCAAGGCCAUGAGCGUGCUCUCGGUCGUCAUUGGCCUCACUGCGUACGUGGGUACCAAGCACAUUCUCAAUCCUUCCAAGGAUAGCGUUUUCCUUGUUUCUGCCGGCGCUGGUGCCGUGGGCAGCCUGUCGGGUCAGAUUGCCAAAGAGCUCGGCGCCACUGUCAUUGGCGUGGCCGGCAAGCCCGAAAAGCUUGACUACAUGAAAUCGCUGGGCUUUGACCACGUCUUCAACUACAAGACCGACGACUUGAAGGCCGAGUUCAAGCGUGUGGCGCCCAAGGGCAUCACCCACUACUUUGACAACACUGCUGGCCCCAUCACCGAGGCCUUUUUGCAAAACGCUGCCACUGGUGCCAAGCAUGCAGUUUGCGGUGCCAUUUCCGACUACAACAAGGAGAAGCCUGAUGGCAUCCGUUCAUGGGCCUCGAUCAUCAAGAGCCGCAUCACCAUCACCGGCUUCCUGGUCUCCGAUCACAUUGACAAGUAUGGCGAGUUUGUUCAAUGGGCCAAGCCUCUGGUCGAUGCCGGCAAACUCAAGUGGAGCGUGGAUUUGCGCGAGGGUGGACCCGGCAAGUAUGUUGACACUGCCACCGAUCUUUUCGCCGGCAAGCAUUCAGGCAAAAUGCUGCUCAAGCUUAACGAGUUUCCCCAGUAAAGUGUGUGAGCGCACUCGUGGGGCCCCGGGAGGUCAACGAGCCGUGACUGCACAAUAAUCGAUGUUCAACCACC